AUGUCUUCUAUUCAGAUUCCCGGCGAUUCAUGUUCUUAUUGGGAUAUUAGAGUAGGCAGGUUUGGUGUCAGUUGCCAACGUUUUCGGAAAGGAGAGUUCUAGUGGGUACGUGGAAAAAAUAUGAUAGUUUAGGAGCUAAAGGGUGUUCUAGGAAGGAAAAACAAGAUUUUUGGGUGUGGUGUCGAUUGCACUGAGCAUUUUUUGGUUUUUAGUUUUUUGUAGGGCAGGGAAAAUUUUUCCGCAUUGCGAAGAUUUUGAUUGGUAAAAAUUGUGUUUUUGAAAAAAAUGCAGGAUUGUUCGCAUUUUACAUGUUGCCGAGUCGUAACUAUGCUGGUUUUUUGGCUAUAGGUUUAAGUUCUUCUAGAACUUCCAAAAUUUCUUUUUUUUUGAUACUCAUAAUUUUAUAUUGCCAUAACAUUUUUGAAUAACGGGCCAUUAGUCUUUUUACACCUUAUACCACACGUUCUCUCAAAGUUUAUGGCCGUAAACCUCGAAGAUUUUCUUAUUCUUAAAACCUCGUUUUUAUUUUUUGGAUUCAUAAUAUUCUCUUGCACAUCGAUGAAAUCCGUGAAUGGCCUAUGCGUAUUUUACCCUCUUUUUUCUCCAGUUAGUUUACCCACCUUGAUCCGACCGCACACAUCUAAUCGCAGCUCACGAUUUCCUCGUAUCUGGAGAUUUUCGGCCGCUUUCCUUCGGCCGAUGCGUCUCGUCGCACGGUCAGCACGGCCUCAGCGCCGUCCGCCAUCCAGCUGGCUUCGAUGAUGGCACUCACGGCGACGGAUUCGGCCACACGGCCCACGACGCCGUCGAGUCGAGGGCGGAGUCCGCCGAGGAUGCGGAAGAUCGGAAUUGUUCAGGACUCAAUUCCAACAGUACUGCCAAUUAAGAAAGAAGAGGAUGAUCGGAAAGGCAUGAGAGGUAUGGUUGGGAUUCUCUUAAGAGCAAAAUAAUGUUUUUUUACACAUUGUUUUGGUCGAAAUAUGCAAUUGUUGACUUUUUAACGAAAUGUCACAAAAAUUAUUGGAAAAUUUAAUAUCUUUAAAUCCACUAAAAAUAAUGUCAAAUUGCUUUCUAGAGGUUUUAUAGGCGUAAAAGAGAAAGUUUACAGAAUUUGACGAAAAGCCACAAAAUUUAUUGGAAAUUUUGAAGUCUCGAAAAAUCUUUGCACUUUCAUUCUUAAACUUUAAAAAGCAAUUUUCAUGCAUUUCUAAAUGCCCCUCUAAGCCUUCCAUUCUAUUUUAGCCUUUUUGUUUGUCAUCAUUUUCUGAUUUAUGAACAUUUCCCUUUUCCACCACACGCGCAGCUAAUCUCUUCGUACUGUGCGCAUACGAUCGGAACAUCAAAAACAAAACAUUAGAAAUCGCAGACGAUAAAUUUGGCCAAUUUGCAGGCGGAAUGCCCUCUAUUUUCGGGCAUUCGUCCCAAUUUUUGGCACCAAAUUGUUUUCAGGGAAAAUGCAAAUGAAUGUCAUGUCAUAUGUCUCCGGUCCCGUUCUCUCAUAAAUUGGUUUUUGGUCCUGGGGGUCGUUACGGGUAAUGCAAUGUCUAAGGGGGAGAAACGUUCAUUGAGAGGGCAAAAAUUGUUUUGAAAGCCUUGAAAAUACGCAUAAUUUACUUGAGGUGCCGUUUUCAUCACAUAUCUCGUUUUUCUCCAAAUAAGGCUGGCUGAAAAGAAAGUCAUAAAAAAUUUAGUUUACACUUUGCAGGCACAGCCGAGAUAUUCAGGGGGCUUUGUCAACGAGAGAGAUCGAAAAACUGGGAUGGUGGUUUGAGAAAAAAGCAUUUUUGGGCCGUCUUUGCAAAAAAAAACAAUCAAAAAAAUUUAUUUUACUCAAAAUGCUGAUUAAAAGCAAGAGCCGGGCACAUUUUGACAACUAUUUGACAAACAUUUCUUCAGUUUUUUUUGCAAAUGGCAGGAUAGACAACUGCCGCAUCCCUUGAAUAUAUAAAUUCAUAAUUAUUAUGUUUUAGAUUACUCUUUUUGCUCUCUAAACUUUGCUCUUUUACAAUAAUCUUUUUUCGUUUUUUCAACACCAUUUUUUCCACAUCCUCUCCAUUUAUUAAAUUCUUCCGUCAUUUACUGUAAUGUAAUUAAAAUUUCGUAUUGUUUUUGCACAGCUGUCGUAAAGCUGUUUUUUGUUCUCUUGGCUUCUUUGGGGUGAACAAGGGAUAGUACUCAGUAUUUUUUCCAUUUCCUGUAAACAUUGAAAUGCAAACAUUAUUCACUGAAUUGGAGGUUUGGAGAACCGUUGAAAAUGUCAAACUGGUUGUAAAAUGAUUACAGAGAGGAGUUUUCUGCUUUUUACAUUUAAUUUUUGAUGGUUUCACGUUGAAUUUUAGCCGAUUUUUAGUUUGAAAAAUUUGGAAAUUCAAAUUUUAUUCUCAUUUUUGAACACUUCUUCUUUCUUUUAAGCUGGCUCAAUUUCUGCUUUUUUUUACAUUUUUGCGCCAACUUUCUCAGACCUUUCUUCCUUCUAAUUAGCCGCAGGGCUAAUUGGGUUUACAAACCGGAACAUGAGAAACUUUUAUUUGGGAGUUUCCAAUUUAUGAGCCGCAGCGGGGCCAAAAUAAAGGACGGAAAUGAAGAAAUAUUCGAGAAGUUUUUGUUGUUUUGCAGAAUUCGCUAUUUUUAGGGCUUUCAUUAGUUGAUUUAUUUAUCUUCGACGUCGUUGACAAGCAGCACUUUAAAUGUGACGCUGGGUUUAGAUGAAACUUGGCACAAGUUUGAAAUAUUGCAUUCUUCGUACUCUGUAGUCAAAAGUCAUCGUUAAAUAUCCUUGCUAAACUUGAAGAGCGCGGCCAAAAGUUUAAUGUGUCCUACUUCUAAUAGCUCUGUCAAAAUGAUGGUAAACUUGAGAGCAGGAGUUUUAGAGCAACUUGACUUACAAAGCUUUUUUUUCGUUUACGGCCUGUUUUUGUUCUACGCCAAAUUACGUGCCCGCAAAUGUUUGUAAACCACUUUUUUUUAUAAAAUUAUAAUACCCCUAACCUCUAAACCCUCUCCUCUCACCUCUUUCUCUCCCCGUUUGGAGCACGCAAUUUCCCCUGGCCCCGAAUAUACCCCAUAUUACUCAACCCAUUUCUGCACACUUAUUAUAAUUAUCAACUUGCUUUCCUCACCAAUUUACGCGUGACAUAGCCGUGUGAAAUUGGAGAGGAAAUCUCGGGGAAUCGGAUGCUUUCCGAAGAAUCCUGCCAGUUAAAAGUAAUGGCAUUGCGCGACAGCCGGCAUGAACAUAAUAGGCUUGUCAGUCGGCCAACUUGAUGGGGUAACAAUGUUGGGUCGAAAAAGUUGAGGGAAUUCCUGGUCUUUGGGGCUGGGAUAUUGUUUUAGGCCAUUCGAAGAGAGAGGGGUUUAGAGUUUUUGGAGUUUUUUGCCUGAUGAAAUACCGGCUGGUUUAAUAUGGCGGUUCGGGCGUUAGGGCUGUCAAAAGUUUUGAAAUAGUUUCCAUUUAUAUGUUUUGUGCGAUUUAGAAUUCCAAGUCACAAUUUUAUACUAAUAUUUGAUAGUUUACACCUUUCCCAAAUGCCAUACAACUUAUUGAGCGGCCCAGGCUGUUAUUACUUUUUGAAUUAAAUUAUUGUAUUAAAUUAGUGGCGCAGAUCCUUGUAGUCAUAACAGAGCGGACUAAUUUUAGAAUGACGGACAUUUCUACGUCAUAACGAAGAAUUGGCUUCCUCUUGGUUUGUUCUUUUAAAUAUUUGCUCGUAACAUUCCUCUCGAUAAAUAUUGUGAGGGUUCUUUGCUGGGAUGUCGAAAAAAUUGUGGGUGAAUUAGCGAUGAUAGUUCUCUUAAUGAGGGUGGAUAUAUUGUUUCUCUGCAAACUUGUUGAAACUGUUGCACAAUUUUUAUACUUAUGUAUUACUUAUGAAAAUUGAUGAUUUUUUCGUUGUCCCACCGAAAUUUGCAAAGCCCGACCAAAAAAUUUUUUCUGUUUUGGGUGGUUAACUUUUAAGAAUUCAUUUUUAUUCAGUGAUCGGUGAAAAUGAAAGUAAAUUUACGAGAUUUGUGAUUGGGCAUAUAGUCUUAUAUCUUUAGCUAACUUCCUAUGCGAUAAAAAAAUGAAACAUGAUCCAACUUCUUGGACAGUUUUUAGCGACCUCUACGGCUAUUCCGGACGUCUUAUCUAGACGCUUUAACUUCACACGUAGACAAGUACAAUGAAUUCUUGAGAGAAUAAAAGUUUUCGGUAAAAAGUGCAAAGUCUUUUAUCCCGUGUUUUGAAUUAGCGGGCCAAAGUGCACGUUUUAAAAAGCCCUGACGCUAAAAUUGGGUAAGAUUUUAGCGCCCUUUAAGGCUAUUCCAGACGUCCGACAGGACGUUUUAAUUUCACACGUACAGAAGUACAAGGAAUUCUAGAGAGCAUAAAAGCUUCAGAAAAAAGGGCAAAGUCUUUUAUUCAAUCUUUUCUAUUAACGGGAUAAACAGGACUGGACCGGGGCUAAGCAAAUUUGAAAUUCCCAUUGUUAGCUCUAGUCUUACGCGUCCUGGCUUUUUGGGUAGGUGACGGUUAGGAGCCAGAAAAAAGUGAUAGAAGGUGCCUACGAUGUCUGUGAAAGCGAUUGAAAGUUUGGCGGACGUUCGGCGAAGGCUUGGCGGAGGCCUACAAUAUGAUCACUUUCUCUAAUUUUAGCUAUUGCUAACCCUAGCUUUCUUAGUCUUGAGUUUAGAUUAGCAUGGAAAAUACCAAAGCUUACUCCAAAAACAAAUAUCUGUAAGUUUUAUCCGGGUAUUGCUGCAGUAAAUACCUUAAAAUACGUAUUUUUUGUCAUGGUUUGCAUGGCCUUCCAAUGCAAACCUUAUGGCAAAUUGAGGACCCCAUAGUAUUGCCGACCCGAAAAGUCGUAGCGGCCAGUCUUACCUAUAUCAAUCUCAAAAUUUCACCAUUAAUUUUCCUCUCUAUCUUUUGUCCUCUAACCCACCAAUAACUCCCAAAAUUCACCUUGUUUUCCCAACUUCUUCUUCCUCCCACUCAGCGCACAUCAUCCUUAAACCCCCACCGGUAUGGCCAUAAAAACGAUUGGCGUCGCUAAUUCUUAUGCACAUAAAUACAUUCCAAAUUCAUAUCACCGUUUUUACACGUCAUGCGGCUGGCUGAAAUUCAGUAUGGCGAAUGAGCUGGAAAGCGCGGGCACUGGAUAUAUUCGGCGAAAAUGUUUGCCUUGCGCUAUUUUUGUAAAAAUUAUUCCGCGUAGUUUGCAAAGGUUUCAAGUUUAUUGUGAUCGUCAUUUUGUUGUAGUGUUGUGAGGACAAUCUGGGAGAGAUUGAAUGGCGCAUUGAAUUUCAUUUUUUUGAGGGCGAAAUAUCUAUAUGGUUGUGGCAGUAUGGGGUAUUAUAUAAUAGUUGUGGGGAUUAGAUUUUAAAAUACUUUUGUUUUUGCGUGUUUAUCUCAUAGUCAGAGUUUAAAAUACGAUGAAUUUCCCGCAUACUGCAUUUUUGAUUGGAUUGGCUGACAGAAAAUAGAGCCAAAGUGGGCCUUCCAAAUAAUGACAAAAAAAUUUCAAAUAAGAACAAUUUUUUCUUACGGUUACUUGUGAUUUUGAGCUUGCAAUUUGCAGAAAAAAGCAAGGGUUUCCCGCCGAAAAUUGGCAAAAAUUCAGAACACGUUCAAGCGUAGAAGGAUGACGAAUUCAAGCUCAAUUUCACUUGUAUUUAGUAAAGGGCACUUCCGCAAAAAAUCAGCCUUUUCCACAAGGGAGUUUCAAAAAUAUUACCAAAUUUUUUUCUCGUCGUCUCUGCUCGUUUUCAAUCCUGUUUAAUAUACAAAAUUAUGGAGUAUUCUUGCUCCCUCUAUGACUAAAAGGCCAAAAUUUUGCUGGCCAUGUUUCUCUCGGGUUCAGUUAACUCACCUAAAUUUUACGGGGUCUACAAGUCACACUUGUCUUUAAAACUUCAUAUCUUCAACCCCGCACCCAUGUUUACACCGCUCAUUUAAUCACCAUAAAAACUCUGACCUUAGGAAGCAGCGACAACCGAUUACUUUUACGGCUCCCAAAAAUAUCACUAAUCGUUGAAAUUUGAAAGCAUUUGUUGACUCCAACUUCCGCCUCACUCAAUUGCCCAGACAAAAAGCCGAAAGCACACAAACAGAAUGCUUCUCCUGAUCCAGAUUCCAUGUUCGCGUGGAGAGCUCGCAUUUGGGUCGCCGGAAAGACGGAUUGCUUCUUCUGGCUCGUCAUGCAUUUGGACCUUGAAUUUAUUUGGGUGAUGCGGGGCCAGGAAUGUUGGCCAAUUUUUAUGGCUUUGUUCUCGAGAGCGCUUGGGGUUUCCUGGUUCAUAAAUCAGCGGAAUUGAAUUUGUCUGGGGGAUUUUCGUAAAAUACGAGAACAUUUAGGCAUUUUAAAGGGGAUUUUUGGCUUUUUCCCUUGGGCAAUGUGUGAUUUUUUGCUAUUUAUCAAGAGGACAUAUAUGUUGCUGGUUUUAGGAAUGUCGUAUUUUACUUUUACCCUUUUCUAUUUUUUUAAAUUGAAUUUUUAUGACCAAAAAACCCCAUUUUACCCUUCUCCUCUCUAGAAACCCUAAUUUUCAUCACUUUUCCCUCAAAAAAUCUCCUUUUGCGUGCUAAAACUCUUCUCCUAGCCGCCGCAAAUUACACUAGACCUCUUGACCCCAUAAAUACUUGCACCCUGAUAUUCUUCCAAAGGUAUGCACUGUAUUUUUUUCGGUGUUCAUUUUUUGCCUAUUCAUUCAAUCUCCGUGACGACUGAAGCAUGUCUUCAACGGGCCGAGGGCGGCCCCGGUUUCGAACCGUGUUUUGUUCGUAGGGGAUUUUUUGAGCCUUCAUGGGGUACGGGCAAUUGCGGUUGCGUUGGAAUGCAGAGGAUUUUUGGGAGAUUAUUGUGGGAUCUUUGACAGUUUUUGAUAUUUUUUGUAUUUUCUGCAAAAUUUUGACUUUUUUAAACUUUAAAAAAGGUCUUAAACUGACAUAUUUAUCGAUUUAUGGUCUGUAAAAAGUCUGAAAACUCAAAAUAUUCCACGAUCUGCUCAAAUCAUAAUCUUUUUUGUGAUUUAUUACACAUUUUUUUCAACUUUUUAAAAAAAAUUUCUAAAAAUUUUGUUUGUUAUUUUUGCUAAAAAUUGCUUUUUCGACAUCUUAGCUCACUAGACAGUCAAGCCCUACCCGUCAGCUUCAAUGUCAUAACAUUUUUCCGCAUGAUUGGCCCGAGAUCCUUGCCCAAAAAAUGACGGUUUGGCUUUGUUUUUGGCUUUAACAAAGUUUGGAGGUUUUUGAGAGCUCCAAUUCAUUUUUUGAUGGUUUGUUUUUUUUUGGUCUGACAUAAAAUGAAUGUACUGAAGUGCACGUAUUUUACCAAAAAUUGCAAAUUUAGUCAUCAAAAAGAUGUGAUCAGCAAAGCCCUUUUUUUUCAAAUAUUCGAAUGUCCCGUGAAUUUGAUGGCCCCACUUCUCACAUGUACAUCCCGCUGUUUAUAUUGGUGUUAUGUUUCGCAAAUAGGCAGUGUUGAGAUCGUAUGUUUGCAUGGUAUUUGGUUUUUUCGAAAUUUUAUCGGUUUGUACCUUACAUUCAAGGUUUAUCGGCUCGAUUGAAGCCGAUAAACCGAAAAUGAAAUUUUUCUGAGUUCACCAAAUCGAUAAGUGCCUCAGGGGUGGAUGAAAAACACGCUUUAUUUAUUGUCGAAUUGUGAAAAACCAAGAUUUUUUUACUUUAUUUUAGACCAAGUCUUAAAAAAAAGAAGUUUUUUCAAAAGUCUCAUUUUCUUCUCCUUCUCGGUGUGUUAAAAAAUUCUUCUCCUUCAUUUGACUCUUAUUUGUCUCUUCUAUCAUAUACGUAAAUAUCUUGACAUGAGCUGGUCUACACAUAUUUACACGAGCUUCCGACAUAUGACGAUGACAAACGUAGAAGGCGUAAUUAAAGUGAAUUAAAUGUAGCCGAGUACAACUCCUUUGUAACUCACAAACAUUUGGCCGUAUAUACAAUGUCUCUAGGGUAUUUUUAAAUUGUAUCUGUAGUUUUAUUUUUGUGGAUUUCCUACAAUUUACACCUACAAGAUAUUUCAGGUAUUUUGUGGUGAGAUGUUGUCAAAAAUUGAGUCGUAUUUUAGCGGGUACACUAACUUUUAACUUUUUUUACGGUGACAUUUGACCUUCAGUUCAAUAUUCUUGAACUUUUUGAGCUCAAAAAAUUACAUUAUCUCAAUUUUUUUUUUAUUUUUCAUCUCAUUUUCCCAGAAAAUCAAGAAAUGUUUUUCUAUUCUCCGCUUAUUUAGAGAUUUUCCAGAGAUUUCACAAUUAAAUCAGUCUUGUUUUUUUUUCUCCCUCGCCCCAUUCCAGAAGUCCUCGAGAAUCUUUAGCCUCGUCUCCGACCUCGACCCCUCCUGGGUAUAAAAGAUUGCCCAAAUAAACUUAUAAGGACUGCCCUUUGAGGGCCCCCGACUUUGAUACAUUCCCAAUCUUGUACUAAGUUUGCUCUUUGAAAUUUCCAGCCAUUUUUCAAAGCUCAUUUUUUUGUAACAAUUAUGUUUAUGAAAUUCUCUCACCUAAAACGAGGUCGUCAAUGUUUUUUGACCGUUUGGGAAAUUGGGUUUGCCCUCCAGACCUAAGGACCUUGCCGUUUGACCCAGUGGACCACACAAAACAAUCCUUUGUGGCCACUUCAACGGAGUUUUAUUUUUAUCGCCUCAGGGGAAAUUUUUCGAAUUAAGUGGAACAAAGGCGUGAAAAAAAUGCGACGGCCGUAAAAUGGUGUGGGCUUUAUUUUCAAUGUCUAAUUUAACAAUUUUACAAUGUAAAUUUACCUUUGAAAUUAUGAAAUUUAUUGUCAUCGUGCGGAAAUCUGAAUUUCUUAUUUUUCUCACGGUAAAAAAUUUUGUUCUGAAAUUUAUAUAAAUUGCGCAGUAAAUAAUCAAAAUUUUCUCAUGGUCUAUUUUUAUGUGUAUAGUAAAUUGCUGUCUCCUGUGCAGGUUAAUCUAUGGUAUCUUUAGACCAUAUUUUUUGUAUUUUUCACGAUACAUACUCUUCCUGCGGAAAUCUUAGUUCAGCCGGAUAUUGCUGAUAAUUCCAUGUCAUUUUCUUUAUUUUUUCUUGAAACAUUUAUUCAUUUUUAUGGAUUUACGUGAGGUCUGAAAGGUUCAAAAUUUGGGGGUUUAACAGUGGAGAGCAAUUAGUAAUCUUUAUUUUAUGUAUACUACCCUGUUAUUUGCUGAUUUAAUAGACAUAGCAGUUAUGAUAGGUCCUUAUCUUUAAUCAGUCGUAAUUUGGGGAAGGUUUUACAGUCAAAAGAUUUAUCUCUGAAGACGCCUGUGUCUUGUCCAAUAUUCAAUUUUUAAACUUUGAUCCACUUCUUCAUAAUCUUUAAUUUUGCUCAAUUUUUGCUUUCUCAAGUUCAACUGCCCUUUAUUUCCCCUCCUCCUCCUUCAAAAAAAAAACACUUGCCCGAGAUGAUAAAGCGGUCUGUAGACCACUAAGAACCGAAAGUAUAUCUCUUCAUCAUCACGAACGCGGAAGCCGGGGACGUCCCCACUUCCAAAUCCCGAUGUGUAUCGCCCUCCGAAUCGACGUAAGCGGGCCCCCCAAAGAACUGCGUAUAUCACACUUUUCGGCACCGCAAGGCCAAAAGAACACCGAGAUGAGGGAUGGGGCACCGCGACGAGACGGCAGAGCCAAUUUUCCGCCGAGAAGCGGCGAAAAUGAAGACCGGCGGGCCGCUCGUCUUUUUUGCUGGGGCUUUCCUUGCGCCGUCUGCACGGUGCUGCCACUGCGGCCCUCGGGCACUAUUUCGCCAAGCACGCCCGACAUAGCAUGGAGGAAAGAGUAACCACCUAGCGGAUAAUUUCGCCACUGUUUUUUGUUGUGGAUUUUGGCUUUUUUCCACUGCCCAACAAGCUGCUACCGGGGUUUUUUACCGCGUUUUCAUCAAUCAACAACUUCUGGUUUCAAUCAACUUGGAUUCUCGCACAUAACUUGUAGAAUACUACAACUUUUUGGCAGCAACUUGCGACGUUUACUUGAAAUCCGCAUCCCCCCGCACCUAUUAUUUAUUAUUCUACCUUUCGCCCACCGAAACGGCCAACUCCGCGCCAUUGCAAGAGCAUAUUGUGUAGCGGUUUUGACAGCUCUCGUCACAUCAGAUGAGCGUCGACGCUCGCGACAAACGGUCAAAUUCCCCCUAGAAUGUCAACCGCAGCCCUUCAACACCCAGACGACACUGUUUCACGAGGCUGGUGCUGAAGGCGUUUACAUGAUUAGAACGAAAAGAGACUUUGAUGAACUGAAAGCAAGUCCACUGUUCAGCGAUGCCGUCCCCACCAACACAACGUCGCAAGACGUUGGAGAUUCAGGAGUGUUUGGAGCGACCGCACUCGUCGAUGGAGCGGAACAAGGAUCGACCGACGCUGAAGAAGGAGUUUCAAGGCAAGUGUGA